AUCCUGGAGGAUGAGGAGUCAGAGAGGAAGCUGAACACACAGCUCCAGCAGAGGGAGGGUGGAGCAAUACAUCCUCAUACACAAACACAACACGUAUCACCCAUCUAAGAUAUACAGCCGGUGGCGGUAAUACUCCUGAGUGAACGGCCAUUAAGAAGAUGAAGAAGAAUGCUUAGUCACAGUUCUGUGUCCCUGGGGAAGAAUUGGGGUGCCAGUACUAGCCAGAGUCCUCUGUGUGUGGUGGUGGUUCGGCUGUCAGUCUGCAGUGUUCACAACGGGGGUUUCGCUUCUGUGCUGUGAGAGAGCCCGAGUUCCCCAGUUCUGAAGUGGUUCAGGCACGAUGAACGGCAUUAUUCCCAAGAGCAAAGCAAAAGGCACUGACAUCUGUGGAGUAGGUCACUGGUAUUAUUAUAUAAUCCGCUCUGAUCUCUGCAGCUUUUUGCAGUCAAGAAAUUUAAAUAAAGGUUCAGCCAUCUCUAUUCGAAGUCUGCACCCUUCCUGCCAAAAUGGAGACCAUUACCUUGGUGAUUCGGAUAACUAUUUUUACAUCAUCAAGGGCAAUGAGUACCGCAGAGUCAGGGACCUGACGACAGACAGCAAUGCUGUAGUUUACAGCCUUCAUCCCAACUGCCAGGGUGGAGACCACUACCUCUCAACUGGUAUAGAUUUUUUCAUCAUCUUCCAAGAAAAAGGCAGGUAUCGAAGAACAACAAACAUGAGCCAAGACUCAGAUGCUGAAGAAUACGACCUGCAUCCCGACUUCAGAAACGGUCUCUAUUACUGGGGCGUACAAGGCUACUUCUCCUUCCUCAAGCCAGGCUCAAAGUGGGGAGUUGAGUUCUACACCGGUACCAACCUCAGCAGUAAUGAUCACCCUGAAGUCUAUUCUGUUCAUCCUGAUGUUCUUAACUUCCUCCCUGGUGGGCUGUCAGUAACUAUAGGCCCAGCCUUUGCCAUUUGGGAGAAUAUUAAAACUAUAACUAAUGACCACAGUAAUAAACCAGUGACAUGGACAAGGAAAAUCACUAAAAAGGUGGGAUACAAUAAGGAGAAGAUGUCCCAGAUCACACACAACUGGAACAUAGCCAUAUCAGCCUCAGCUAAAUUUGGAGAGCUUUCAAAGUUAAUUACGAAAAUGCACCUCUCCCUUUCUGCAGAAUAUGGAGGUUCACAUGUCAGCACUAAAAACGAAAGCUGGAACGAAAUGACUGAAGAGGAAGAAGAACUCACAUUUGAUCUGAAGCCAAAUGAGUCUGUAUAUCUGUGGCAGUACAGACUGGGUCUUGGUCAAGAACAAGUGUUGUUCUGCCGUGAUUUAAAGAUUACAGAUCGUCCUAUCCGUCCAACUGAAGACCUGCUGCCACCCACACAAUCAUGAAAACAUAUCAGGAUGGUUUAACUCCAAAGAUAAUCAAGUGCUUCAAUUAUAUACCUUAAUUAUACUUAUCAAGUAAUUAUUUAGAUAUCUGCAUGCAUUGCUUAAAAUGAGGCUGGAAUUGUUUAAUAUAGCAAAGAGAUAUUUCAGUUAUAGUCAAUGUAACUACAAAUGACAACACAAUCCAUUAUUGUCAUUAUUAUUGAAAUUUUGUGUUUAUGAUUAAAAGAAACUUGCAGAAUCAUA